CAGCACUACAAACAACUUGAUAUUGUGCCGGCUCUACAUUUAGUCUAUUUUCAAACUUAUCAAGUACGUCAUUACCGAUAGCAUCAAUCCAUCAUUAAUCUUUAUUUUUGUUUUACCAGCUCAGCUGCUGUCAUCUAAUUGUUCGAGCAAUGAAGGUUCUGUCGUGGCUACUCGCUGCCUUGUUUGUCUCCGCCGGAACCGCCGUCGCCUUCAACCCAGGCUGCAAUUCCAAUUACGUCUCAUACUAUGGCCAGAACUCCGCCGGCAACCAGCAGACUCUUGGAAACUACUGCAAGGACACCACCGAGGAUAUCAUCGUCCUAGCAUUUAUGAAUGGAUUCCCCAACGUAAUGCUCAACUUUGCCAAUGCCUGCGAGUCAACUUUCCCUGGGAGCUCACUCCUCCAUUGUCCUCAGAUUGCCGAGGACAUCAAGUAUUGCCAGUCCAAGGGCAAAAUUGUUAUUCUCAGCAUGGGUGGUGCAUCAGGAUCCUACGGAUUUUCCAGCGAUGCUCAAGCUAAAGACUUUGCAGACACGGUGUGGGGCAUGUUCUUUAAAGGAACUGCUGACAGGCGCCCCUUUGACGAUGCCGUUCUGGACGGUGUCGACCUGGAUAUCGAGGGUGGCAGUACCAUUGGAUAUACAGCCUUUAUCAACCAACUGCGCUCCCACUAUGCGACCGACCCAAGCAGACAAUAUUACAUUGCAGCUGCCCCUCAGUGCCCAUUCCCUGACGCGUACCUGGGAUCAACAUUAAACUCUGCGUGGUUUGACAUGGUGUUUGUGCAGUUUUACAACAACUAUUGUGGUCUUACUUCUUAUCCUGGUUGGUUCAACUAUGCUGAUUGGGAUACCUGGGCAAAUAAUAAAUCUGUCAACAAGGAUGUUAAGAUUUACAUUGGCGCUCCAGGUUCACCAACAGCUGCUUCUUCUGGAUAUGUUUCUGGAUCUGCUCUAUCUACUAUAUACAACGAUGUGCGCACAAAGUAUUCCAGUCUGGGAGGCAUUAUGACCUGGGAUGUUAGUCAAUCUCGCACCAGCGGCCUUGCCAGCUCCAUUCGUGCAAUGUUGAAUGCUAGCGGAACGUGCGGCAACUCUGGUAGUAAUAACAGCUCAACAUCAGCUAUGUACACCACAAAGACAACAAAGACCUCUACUAGCUCUACUAGCUCGAAAACAACAAAGACUACCAAAACUACAGAUACUGGCAAAACCACAUUGACUACAACUACGACCACAACUACAACCCAGUCAUCAAGCACACCAUUGCCAUCAACUUGCCCGGUCAGCGGCGGCAAGUGCACAACUAGCCAACAGGGAUGCAGUGGUCAGAAAUUUGCAGUCUGUGAUAAUGGAUCCUGGCAAGUAUCUCCCUGCGCCUCUGGAACCUACUGCUACCUCAACGGGUCCACAGCGACCUGUGACUGGUCCAACGGCCGUCCGACAGACGGUUGCGCUGUCAGCGGGAAAUCCAGCCUCGGCAAGCGCCAGGAUUUUGUAGCCGCGUCCCUGAUUACUAAGCCCAAUCUUCUUCCCAAGCCCGUCAAGGCUAAGAGCAACGUGGCUGCUCGCGUCGAGUUUGUAGCUGGUGAGAUUGCGGGCAACAAGUUUUCGACAGUUAUCAAGAUCCAGUCUAAUCAGGACGCAUUCAGCGGGAAUUGGCUUAUAUCCUUUAAUCUUCCCAGCGGGCAGACUGUUGAGACGACCAGCCGUGGGUCAGUUAGUGCCAGUGGGAGCUCUGUGACUAUUAGGUCGGAUGUCUCUCGGGAGAGCAAUAAGAACAUGGCGGCGUUUUUCAAGAUUACGGGAACGUUCACCGGCGACUAUGUGCUUCCUAACACAAGUUCAGCACUAUUCCUCACUGCUUAAUUUGAUGUCUUGUCACUUUCUUAUUUAUGUAUAAUUUGGGAUGCUAUAAUUGAC